UAUAAAUAUAUAGAAAAGCCAAAAUAAAUACAUGUUAUGUGUGAGAGAGUAGUAAUAAUAAGUACCUAAAGAGAAAAAAAAAAAUACCAUGGAAGCUAUUAUUGAUAAUCUUCAUAAUCAUCAUCAACAACAACAAGAGUUUUCUUCUGGUCAAUCAUCAUUUUCUUCAUCAAUUCAAGAUCAAGAUCAUGAUCAAACAUGUCAAGAUGUAGUUAUUGAUUAUGAUCUUUUAUUAGAAGAGUCUUGGUUUUUUGGUAACCUACUCAUUAACCAAAAACCAAAAAUGUUAAGGUGUUUUUCUGAUCCUUGUCCUUCUUCUUCUUCUUCGAUUUCGAAUAUUAUUGCCCUAGACAACAACAACAACAACAACAACACCAUUACUCGAAAUCUAGCUCGAGCUCCUUCAUUGCCACCUAAUAUUGGAAGAGAAGAGAAAGAAGAAGAAGAAGAAGAAGAAAAUGGUAACUCGAAUAGGGUUUUGGUUACCAAAUUGGCAAGUGAUGAGAAAAAAGAAAGGAAGAGUAGUAAAAUAAUAAAGGAGCAAUGUUGUUACUCGUUACCAAAGCCUAAGAAAAAUAUGUUAGUGAGAACACAAACUUUGCCAACUUCAAUGAGAAAAGUUGAGAUUGUUCAAGAUCAUCAUGAUGAAGAUAAAAUUAAUGGUGGGAUUAGCAAAUCAAAUCGCCAACCUUCACUUAAUCUUGCUGAUAUUUUGCCCCCUAGACAUAAUAAGGGAAAUUCAUCAAGAAAUAGGACACCAAAAAACACAAUAUUGGAGGGUUUUUAUAACAAUACAGAUGGGUCAAGAGAAAUGAGAAGAAGAUACCAAAAUGGAAAAAAUAUGAGAAGAAGCCUAAGUGACCUUGAAAUUGAAGAAGUGCAAGGAUUUAAGGAUUUGGGGUUCACAUUUGAUAAGUUAAAAAACCCUAGUGUGGUUAAUAUAAUUCCAGGUUUGCAAGAAAAGAAUGAAGAGGAUAGUAUGGGCCUAGAAAAUAAGGUAAGAAGGCCUUAUCUUUCUGAGGCAUGGUUGGCCCAAAGUUAUAGCCCACCACCACCUCCUCCUCCUCCAAGUUGGGCUUUCAGGAAAUCUUCUGGUGAAGACAUGAAGGCCCAUAUUAAGUUUUGGGCUCGAGCUGUGGCCUCUAAUGUGCGCCAAGAGUGCUGAAAUAAAUAAUAAUAAAAAGAAAAUAAAAUAAAAAAUCUGAUCUGCUAAUCAAUUCUUUUUUUUUUUUUUUUUUAUUUAUUAAUUUUUGUAAUUCUUGCUUUCAUUUUCAUUUUUGUCUUUCAUGGGUGUGUAUGUAGCCAUGAAAUAAGAAACUAUUGUAAGAAUUGCAAAAGGAGUAGUAACCUUAAAAUAAUAUCUUGGACAGACAAUAAAUAAUAAUAAUAUUAAUCAUAAAAAAGAUUGAUUGUAACCUUUGAAUGAAA